CCAAGCCUGAAUUCUCUUGGGUAUAUAAACUCGAAUCAGCAUCAUUCGAAUCAUCAUUCAACUCUCAUACUUUCAUUAGCCAACACACGACUUUUGACAACAAAAACUUCAUCAAAAAUGGCAAAGCAAUUUUUAGUUUUGUGCUGCAUGGUUGCAAUUGCAAGUGCUGGUAAUAUUGCAUUCUCAGGACCAAUAAGUUAUUCAUUACCAACAUCAGCAAUAACAUCUCAACAACAAAAUACAUACAGAAGUGCUGAUAAUCUUGCACAAAUAUCAACUUAUUCAAAAUCAGUUGAUACACCAUUUUCAAGCAGCUCAAAAUCAAGAACUGAUGUUACAAAUCCAGGAAUUUAUCAUUCAUUGAGCUAUGCUGCAGCACCAGCAGCAAUUCAUUAUGCAGCACCAGCACCAGCAGCAGCAAUUCAUUAUGCAGCUCCAGCACCAGCAGCAAUCCAUUAUGCAGCUCCAGCAGCAUCAGCAAUUCAUUAUGCUGCACCAGCACCACUUCCAUAUGCUUCAGCAACUGGACCAGCUGUUGCUGCACCAGGACCAGUUGUAUCACACACUGAUUUCUCAGGACUUGGUUACUCAUAUCAUUUUUAA